AGCCUAUUUUGUUUGAAAGGCGAUUGAUAAGCUACUUGUCGGAUCCACGGCGCGAUAAAAAAGUCCCACCUCAGUAGACGCUUAUGAGAACUCACCAUUGCAGAAUUGGACAGCAUUUACGCAUCCUCUUUCCAGCAAAACGCACUGUUUUCUUCUUUGCAUUUUAUCACCGACAACCAAAAUGUAGAGAAUCCUGCCAAAAGCCUCUGUAGCAGAAAGUUAAUUUUGUUUUAUACGUUUCACUCUUUUUUGGACUUGACUUUAAAGUAAGGAUUUAGACAGCUGAAAUGCAGCAGGAGCGGUUACUCAAAGUACUUGUCAUUGGAGAUUUAGGUGUGGGGAAAACGUCGAUUAUAAAGCGUUAUGUUCAUCAGGUUUUUUCUCAACAUUACCGCGCAACUAUUGGUGUUGACUUUGCUCUCAAAGUCUUGAACUGGGAUCACCGUACUGUCAUUCGUUUGCAGUUGUGGGACAUUGCGGGACAAGAGAGGUAUGGCAACAUGACACGUGUGUAUUACCGAGAGGCUGUAGGAGCGCUAGUGGUUUUUGAUAUGACCCGGUCUUCCACCUUUCAAGCUGUGUUAAAAUGGAAAAAGGAUCUCGAUUCUAAAGUUGCCCUUGGCAAUGGACGUCCUCUGCCAGCUGUUCUGUUGGCCAACAAGUGUGAACAACAGUCAUACGGUUUAUGUUCUAAAUUGCCUAAACUCGACAACUUUUCGAGGGACCACGGCUUUGUCGGUUGGUACGAGACAUCUGCCAAGGACAACACAAAUAUUGAUGCAGCCAUCAUGUGUCUUGUAAAUAAUAUCAUGGCCAUUGACAUGGAGGAGGUUCCAGCUGAAGCAGACCCCAGUGUACUGAUCCUGCCUGCCUUUGAUUAUAACCUGCAAGAGCGCAGUGGCCCUAGCUGCUCUGUUUGCACCAAAUUCCACUCCAGCAGAAAACCCCACAGUGAAUUAUAGAGAGAGACGGUAAAAAAUAGAGAAAAGUGCAAGAGAGAAAACGGUCACACCCUUUGUUUGGCCUAGUUUGUGCUGAACUAAGCCAUUGUGGGAAAGACGAGACCAUGAAGCUUUAACACUCACAUGCUUUUGCAUUACAAGUGCCAACAAUGUCAUCAAUAAAACAUGCAGCAUUUACCCAAAGUUUUCUCUGAUUAAUGCUUUGUUUUAGACUCAAAACUGUUCAUGUGGUUGUACUUCCUGAGAAUAGCAAUGUAUGCACAUUUGCCUCCAUUUUUUGUGUCUGUUAAAACCUUGCAAAAAAUAGUCUUUCAUAAAAAUGUUUGUGUAUUUGUGUGUUGUAUGGGGAGGCCAAUUGUCCAAUUACGCAAAUUCUUAUUUUUUUCUUGAAAGCCUAUGUCAAUUCAAUUUUUAUGUUAAUUCAAUUUUGAAACAUUUUCAGUAGCAAAGACUUUACAGUUUGUGCCUUAAAAUAAAUUGAGCUAAACAAGUUUUUCAAUAUAAAAAUUACAGUUUCUCCAUUUUCUUUUAUUCAUCUUUUAUGUUUAGACCUAUCUGUUC